AUGACCGGCCAGAUCAUCUUCCUCUCCGUCCCCGUCCUCGACGUCGCCCGCGCCGCCGCCUUCUACGCCACCGUGCUCUCCUGGGAGACCACGACCGACGCCUCGUCGUCGACGCCCGCCGCGCCCAACGGCGUGCUCUCGACCCACCCCUUCCAGAAGGGCAUGCUGCGCGGCGCCUUCCUGCGCGUCGCCGACCCGGCCGGCCUCGUCGACGUCGCCGGCGCGUCCUCGGACAGCAGCAAGACGCGCCUCGUGCCCAUUUGCACCUUUGCCGUCGACAGCGUCGCCGAGGCGCUGCGCCGGGUCGAGGCCGCCGGGGGCAGGGUGCACAUUCCCCGGACCGAUCUUGGAGAGGGCCGAGGCGCCUUUGCUCGGUUUGUCGAUUCCGAAGGGAACCUGCAGGCUAUCUGGUCCAAGAACUAG